UGGUGCUACAACUAGCCAGAAGUUCUGGCAAGCUUUCAUGCUCCAAGUCCAAUUAACCAAAAUGGAGUGGCCUAGCUUUUCAAUGUCUCUGCUUGUUUCUGUUCUGUUGUCAUUUUGGUGGGCAACUUUGGGCCAAACUCAUGAGGGCUUCCUCCGAUGCCUUCUCCUACAUUCUGAUGACAAUGUUGCUCCUAUCUCUAAUGCCAUUUACACCCAAAACAAUUCCUCCUUUGCAUCUGUAUUGGAUUUUCCGUAUGGGAAUCUUAGGUUUUCUACACCGACGACCCCAAAACCUUUAGUCAUUGUUAAGCCCACUCAUGUCUCUCACAUCCAAGCAACCGUUAAUUGUUCAAGGAAACAUGGCUUGCAGGUUAGAGUUCGAAGUGGUGGUCAUGACUACGAAGGUCUUUCUUACGUUGCUCAAGAUUCAUUCGUCGUAAUUGACUUAAUUGAUCUACGAUCAAUCAAUGUUGACGUAGGGAGUAAGACUGCGUGGAUUCAAGCUGGUGCAACUAUAGGCGAAUUGUAUUAUAGAAUUGCAGAAAAAAGUACAACUCUUGCCUUCCCGGCUGGUGUUUGCCCCACUGUGGGUGUUGGUGGCCACUUCAGCGGCGGAGGUUAUGGCAUGUUGAUGCGCAAGUUCGGCAUUGCAGCUGAUCAUAUAAUCGAUGCACACUUAGUUGAUGUUGAUGGAAGAAUUCUUGACAGAAAAUCCAUGGGUGAAGAUUUGUUUUGGGCUAUCAGAGGAGGUGGGGGAGCUAGUUUUGGAGUCGUCGUGGCAUGGAAAGUUGAGUUGGUUUCUGUUCCACCAGUUGUGACUGUAUUUACCAUAAACAAGGUCUUGGAAGAGAACGCAACAAAGCUUGUUCACAGGUGGCAAUAUGCAGCGCCUAAGAGUCCUGAAGACCUGUUUCUCAGAAUCUUCUUCACGGAUGUGAAUUCAACCCAAGAAGGAAAAAGAACAAUACAAGCUUCUUUUGUUUCCAUGUUUCUUGGCAGAACUGAUCAGCUAGUUAAGUUGAUGCAAGAAAACUUUCCGGAGCUUCGAUUGGUCAAAGAAGAUUGUCACGAAAUGAACUGGAUCGAAUCUAUCAUCUACUUCGCAGAAAUCCCUAAUAGUUCACCACUCGAUGCGUUGCUUGAUAGGAACUUAUAUCCUGAAACGUUCUUCAAAGCAAAAUCGGACUACGUCAAGGAACCUAUUCCUGAGACUGCACUAGAAGGGUUAUGGCAAAGGUUCUAUGAAGAAAAACCAGGGACGGUGGAACUCAUCUUUAGUCCUUACGGAGGCAAAAUGGACGAAAUCCCAGAGUCUGAGACCCCAUUCCCUCACAGAGCAGGGAACCUAUACAAAAUUUAUUACGAGGUACUGUGGGAAGAGGAAGAUAAUCUGGCACCUCAAAAGCACCUAGAUUGGAUGAGAAGGCUUUACAGCUACAUGGCUCCCUACGUCUCGAAAUCUCCAAGGGAAGCCUAUGUGAACUACAGGGAUCUCGACCUUGGGACUAAUAACAAAGGAAAUUACACGAGCUAUAGACAAGCAAGCAAAUGGGGUGUUAGAUAUUUCAAGCACAACUUCAACAGGUUGGUUCGGGUAAAAACCAUGGUUGAUCCACACAACUUUUUCAGAAAUGAGCAGAGUAUACCUCCUCUUGUCCGUGAGUAAGGAGGAGAGAGAUGAACAAUUAAUAAGUGAAUUGUAGAUGGUGAGAAUAAUUAAUCUCACUGUUUAUGACUUAAAAUGUUUUUCUUUUCUUUAUAUAAAGCAUAAAUAAAGAUGUUGAUUAUUGGAAUGUAUUAAUAAAAUGUUUCCUUUAGGAUGA